AAUGUGUACACACAUUUUGGUUGACAGCGGAGACUUUUAUCAUAUCUAAGAUUAAUUGCUGUCGAUGUUAAGUGGUUUGUACUUUGUUUUUGGCUUUGCGUCGAACCGAAAUAAAAUCCAAAAUAAACAAAUACCAUUCCGUGCAAACGACCUUUUACGAUUUUGAUGAAAUGGCAUUACGUUCAACAUUGGGUCGUUUAGAAACCAAAUCGACGCUUUUCCUUUUGUGCGAUUUACAGGAUAAAUUUCGUUUGGUGGCAAAUUACUUUCCGGCAAUUAUAACAAAUGCACAAAAGUUAUUAUCAUGCGGUGCACAGCUCAAUAUUGAUUUAAUUGUGUCUGAACAAAAUCCCGUGAAAUUGGGAAAAACGGCGCCAGAACUAUGUAUUUCACAUGCAAUCGGUGUGUAUCCCAAAUUUGAAUUUAGUAUGAUGAAGGAUCCAACACUGCACAAAUCAAUUACGAAUUUAAAUAAUGUAGAAAGUAUUAUUCUAUUUGGCCUUGAGACACAUAUAUGCAUCGAACAAACGGCCAUCGAUUUAUUGUACAACGAUUAUGAUGUGCAUAUUGUUGCCGAUUGUACGACAUCAAGAUCAGCUGAAGAUCGAUAUUUAGCAUUUCAACGGCUUCGUCAAAUUGGAUGUUUUGUAACAACCAGCGAAAAUGUCAUAUUCAAAUUGUUGGGUGGAAAAAAUCAUCCGAAAUUUUCCGAAAUUCGAUCGUUAGUCCGUGAUAAAUCAGUUGAAAGUGGCCUUGCCGAUUUAACAACCGAACAAUUUUAAUAACACCGACAGAUAAAGUAUUUGGAACAGAAAAAAAAUGUUUUAUCAUUCACCUCAAUUUGGUUAAGGUUAUAAUCUUAUCAUUUUUUUUCAUGUAAUAAUUUGGUUGAUGCGAAAUGAAAAAUUGAUGAAUAAAAAUAAAGCGGUUGAUUAAAAAUCAUACGCUUUCAUAAAGCGGUGACAAGACAUUAUUAAAGAAA